UUCCCUCCAAUUGGGGUGUAAUCAUAAACGUUCUAUCCCCCUCGAAGCGCCGGUAUUGAUUUGUAGCGGCAAGAGUAUAUUCUUAUUUCCGACGUCGAACGAAGACGCUCGGAGUGAGCUGCAAAGAUUAACAAUCGUUGUUUUUAGUAUUCCUCAAACGAUCAUUCUCUGCUAUCAGUUGGAAGUUUGCUCAAUAAAGCAUGAACGUGCAAUUGCAAUUGUCCGAAAACACAAGUUUGCUACUGCUUUGGAAUGUGUUGUUCUUUGUGACCAUAGCCAGUGCGAUGAUAACGGUAAGCGAAGAAUCCUCGUGUGAAGAUGUUGUAGCAUCUGGAGAAUGUGAAUGUUCCCGUGGACUGGUUUCAAUAUACGUGAGAUGUAAUAUAUCGGGUUCGAUCUAUCAAGGACGAUUCAUUGGAAAUCAGUCGGCUUCAAUAGAAUGUAGUGGAAAGCCAGUGACGAACAGAACGUUGAUCAUAGGGAAGCGGAGUCAAGUGCAGUUGCGGAAUUGUUUGUACCAUGUGGAUCCAACGUCGCUACGUCGGACGCUAGAUACGUUUGGAACAAGUGACGAAACAAGAGUGGAAAUCGUGUUCGAUAACGAUACGGCCUUCAAUCUAUCUGAGAACUACUUCCAAGGUUUUCAUGAACUGAAAACGCUUCGACUCAAUUUCAAAAUGGAAAUUAUGUCACCUAACGUUUUUAAUGAGUUAACGAUGCUAGAACAUUUAACAGUGCGAGGAAAUCUCAAUAAACUCCCAAGUGACCUGCUUAUUGAGCAAUACAACCUCACACAACUUAAUCUUAAAGACAAUCAGAUUGAGGACAUCGCAGUCAAUUUUUUUCGUCAUCAAAACAUUCUCGUUCACUUGGACAUCAGUGGAAAUCUUCUGACCAGUAUAACAGAAACAACAUUCUCAAACCUCUCCUCGCUGGUAUACUUAGACCUGAGCAACAACCGCAUACAGUCCAUGCACGCCAAGGCCUUUCACAACACAACUAAGCUGAAAUUCCUCAUGUUGAAAGUCAACAAACUAGCAUCCAUCCCACCGGCACUGCUCCGGGGACUCACUCGGCUCUCCAAUCUGGAUCUCUCGGCAAAUCAGUUGCGGCUUCUUCCACCGGAUUUACUUCGAAAUCACACCCAGCUGUUCCGGUCGGAUCUGUCCAAGAAUGGUAUCGAAACGCUACCGGAGGCAUUGUUCGAAACCAACGGCGCCCUGCAGUACGUCAACAUUAGCCAUAACAGUUUGGUCACUUUGCCUAGUAAACUGUUUCACACGUUACAGAGGCUGAUAUCGUUGGACUUGAGCAACAACCAGCUAAGCUCGCUAGAUCCGGACAUUUUCGACCAAAGCCCUUACGUGAAUUUUCUGUACCUGCAGAACAACCACCUCUGGUUCGCCGGGUCCCUUUACCGAAACGAACACGAUCUCGAGGAGAGCUCCUAUUCUCCAUUUUGGCCCAUCCGAGCGCAACUUCGGGAGGUGAACCUGCGCAACAACAGCAUCGAUCGGGUGGAUAUUGCUUGGAUCGAGUCACCGGAGUUGAAGCGGCUGGAUCUCAGCUACAACAAGCUGGUAAAGUUCGACAACGAAGACUUCAAGUUUAUGUCCGAGGAAAUGGUCGUCAACUUGGAGUUCAAUCAGAUAGCGAUGCUGUCGCUAGUGGCUGCGGAUGCUACCCGAGGCAGCGGUGGCUUUAUUUUGUUCAAGCUGAACCACAACCCGCUGAACUGCGAUUGCCGAAUAGCUUCGUUCGUGCGAUUUUUGCAGAUGACCGGCCAUGUGUACCGGCGAUGGAGGUUCACGGUGGAUCAUCUACGAUGCGUUGAUCCGGAGAUCAACCGAGAGAUUAACGUGGUGAAGGUGAAUAUAGGAAAUCUGCUCUGCGAAAUGAAUGAUCAUUGUCCUGAUAGAUGUGGUUGUUUCGUACGAUCGAAUAAUGAAUCCGUCCUGGUGAACUGCGAAGGAAAGAAUCUCACAGAUCUGCCAAAUUUGACGGACGUUAGUCGUAACUUUAACCACGUGGAAUUGUUUGUAACGAACAACAACAUAAAAUCGUUUGACUUGGUUGAUCCACAAGGUUAUGAAAAGGUUAGGGAGUUUUAUGCAAGUUACAAUCAAAUCCAGAAUUUGUCUGGAAGCCUUCUCCCGAAUGUUGAGAUACUUGACCUUUCGAAUAACAGCCUGAGCAGUUUCUCCCAAUUAACUGUCUUGUUCAACACCAGUCGCAAGCUGGAGAGUGCGAAACUUUCGUCAAACCCAUGGCAGUGUGACUGCCAAUUAAUCAAUCACCUGAGAAUCAUUCAAAACUCUUCCGAUCGUAUCGUAGACAGCAAGUAUAUGCGAUGCUCGGAUGGCCGUGACUUCAAUCUCCUCACCGUUAGUGAUCUAUGUCCUAUGGGAGGGAUCGCUACCAUCAUCAUCUUCGUGUGUUCUGUGGUGAUUCUGCUUCUUCUGGUCAGUUUUAUCGCCUAUGCUUACCAGAUCGAGAUCAAAAUAUGGCUGUUUACGAAUAAUCUAUGCUUGCGGUUAGUAACAGAGGAAGAAAUCGACAAGGAUAAACUGUACGACGCAUUUGUAUCCUACUGCCAUCAAGACGAGGAGUUCGUCAGUGCAACGUUGGUACCUCGGUUGGAAACUGCUCCGAUGAACUUGAAGGUCUGCUGGCAUAUGCGGGACUGGCAUCCUGGAGAGGUGAUCACCACUCAGGUAACUACGGAUGAGUCUUUCUUUAUCUAUGUAGAUUAUAGUGUUACAAAUGCAUUUCAGAUCGUCCAGUCCAUCGAAAACUCACGUCGAACGAUCGUUGUGCUGUCCAGAGAUUUCCUAGAGUCCAGCUGGGGUCAGUUGGAGUUCCGGACGGCACACGUGAACUCGAUGGCGGAGAAGAGAAUACGGGUGAUCAUCGUUAUCUACGGAGAUUUGGGUGAUGAAGAGCAAAUCGAUUCGGAAAUGAAGGCAUACCUGAAAACCAAUACCUACAUCAAGUGGGGAGAUCCGUGGUUUUGGCAGAAACUGCGAUACUCAAUGCCGCACCCAGCACGGGUGAAAGGCGUACGAUGGAACAAAGCGAGCAAUAGGGUAGAUGUGAUGGGAACUUCGGAUGUUAGUUGAUUUCGUUGAUCUUUUUUAGUGCUGCCGAAGUAUAAAGUUUGUGAGAAUGUUCAAAACCUGCCAUUUAUACAAGUCACAUAGUACGAUAUAUAGAGUUCAUCAUUAUGAGAAUAAAGAUAGGCUUCAAAUGUUUCUCGAUAUUAUUAGAAUAUCACAGCCUUACUCGUUUAUUGACGUGCGUACAAA